AUGCCCACCCUAACACAGGAAAUGGGUAUGACCAACGAGCGCAAGCGCCCGUGGAAGCAUGGUACAUACCGGCGCCACUGGAGCGCCCCGAUGGAGUGCCCCCCUCCCUCAAUAACUGGAAACGGACCGUUUAACACCUGGAAAAAAAUUGCACAAAUGAGUUUGGAGAACAUGGCAGUUAAGGGCAUGAUGCGUACGGCUUAUGCGCCGUGGGAUGUUUUUAUCACUCCUGUUGGACCAGAGCCAUGGAGCGUAAUACAAGAGCAGGCCAAGACAGAGGACGCAGCGACUGCCUCAAGUUGCAAGGCGAGUGCCAUGAGCGGAGUGACAGAAAGUACCUAUAACAAUAGUCUAGCCAUAAGCAGCCUCAAGGUAGUUCGAUCCGAUGGAAUGUUUGCACCCGGAAAGGAAAAGCUGAAAGCCCCAAGCAAUACGUGGCAGGAGAUAUGUUGAACCAAUGAAGAAGCAGACCUGCUGAAGCCGGUAAGAGAAGGCCGUUUUCUUGUAACUGCACAGUCAUUCGAC